AUGGUCGUGAUUCUGCCACGGUGGGCACUGCGAACAGCUCUCCGCGAAUUAUACGGUGCCGGGAAUCGCGAAAGAGUGGCGCUCAUAUACACGGUAUGGGAUCAGACAGCGAACAGCAAUUAUACAAUAAAGCAGGUAUGCGCACAACAAACACCAGGAGGCCCAUGGUAUACCGGUUUUCGCAAUCUGCGCUCACCGAGUCCAGUAUGGGAAUUCAUCUAUGAGAAACCUUUCCGUCUCACACAGCCGAAAACGUGGCUUCGAAGUAGAUCUAUGCCGCGUGUCCCAAGGAGAAUGCACGGCCGUACCAUACCUACGCCUAUGUCACCAACGCACUGGAGAAAUCCAAUCGCAAAACCUGCACCACCGGGCAUCAGCGUUGUUGAAGCACCGUACGAGGGCUGGCGACCGACGACACGCAGAUCACAGUUAGCAGAGCGCCGUGGAGUGCAAAUCAAUCCGGAAACGGGCGUAUUCGAGCGUAUCAGACCCCCUUCUAGAAGUAAUCAGUUUCACUGA